AUGGCGGGAGAAGCCGGGACUCAUGGUUUUAUCGGAUUGAGACGAAGCACCGAAUACUUGGAAUGCAGCGGAACAUUUUUUGAGAAAUACCCGGCAAAAUUUGGUAACACUCGCAUGAGCGAAGAAGGAAGCGUUAGAGAAGUAAUGGCGGACGACGAUUUCAGCGAUCGCCGUGGGCGCUCAAGGUUCUCCACGAAAGUCCUUGUUGCUGUCUUCUUUCAAUUCAGCGUCCUAGUGGCUUACUGCAAUGGUUUCGCCUACAACGAAAAACUGAAAGCUUGGGUUGCCUCUGCUCUUUCCGCAAAUUGGUGGGUCAUGUUGGUUGCCUUCUUGCUCGUAAUUUUCGCCAUUUUGAUCUUUUUCUUCAAACCUCAGCUGCUAACGGAAGCUCCAAAAUGCUAUAUAUCGUUCAUUGUUCUUACGAAUAUCAUUGGUGCUUUUACUGGAUUUUGCGCUGUGUACGUCUCUGCUUCGAUGUGUUCGAAAGGUUGCCAACCUAACAGUCCCCAGGAACUCGCUGCGAAUCAAAUUGUUGCCUCUGCUUUGUAUGGCGUGUUGAUUUGCUUGCUGAUCUGCAUCGCGUUGAACUGGCUGAUGGACAUGGAGAAUCAGUUCAAACUCAUGCUCAUAAUUCAAAUUGUGCUGACCAUUCCCUGCGGAUUCUUGAUGUGGUGGAUUCUUGGAUUUGAAAUUGUCUACGUUUGCGCUAUUUUGGCCUUCAUCGUCGGUAUCAUGACUUGGAUGAUGUUUUUCUUACGAAUGAUCUUCUUCGCCGACUUUUUGCAGGAGGCUGCCGACGAUAUGGGCGCAGAUAGCAUCGAUAACUUGUGGAUCUUUGCUGCGUGUCUUCUGUAUGUUCAAAUCUGUCGACUCUUCCUCGGAAUUGUCAGACUUCUUCAAGCUGCAUCAGACUAG